UACGUGGACUUAUUUGCUGCACUACCAACGGUCACUGCACUUCCGCCGUGCUAACGCUCAGGUCGGCCAUUACAGCUGUGGAGCGAGUCUGAACUGUCCUGGCCAACAUUCCAUCGGCAUUGGUCUCAGCCUGUGACAGCCAGUGUCCAACUGAUGGCCUGUGUACUCUCCUCAAGCCUUUUCACGCGUGUGUUGGUGAUCAUCUGCAUAGUCAGUGGCGUCAUGGCUUCCGAAUAUGUCAUCAAAGACUAUUUUUAUCCCGAGAACUUUACAUUUGACUGUGAUAACUAUUACGUAAGCGAGACACUUCAAAAACGGUCGUGUACUAUAGACUUCAGGUUAUUUCAACACUAUAAAUGCAUCAACCACAGGUUUUUCCGAUUUAUUAAAAAUAGAGAUAAAGAUGAUCAGGUUUGCCUUCUCUUUCCUAGAGAAGACAUAGCUCAAUGUGAGAAGGUACAGCCAAGUAAACAUGGCGACAUUCAAUGUAAAUCCAGUAAUCAAAUAGUAACAUAUACUUGCUAUUUCAACACAAGUGAAGAAUACAGAGGGCAACAAAUCGAUUGUAUAGCAUCAUGCAGAGUGAACAUUAGCGACACGGGUUAUAGAUAUUUCAGUACCAACGCAACAUGUCCAUUAUACGCUGGAGUACCUACCUUAGAACCACCUACCACCGCUGCACCAACAACUACCGCAGCACCACCAGAGAAAGAAUUCCCCAUAUGGGCGGCGGUCGUCAUUGCACUUGGCAUUGGCGGUUUGAUUGCAUUGUUGCUGUUCCUAGUGUGGAGAAAACGUCGGCAGGCCCAACGUCUCGCACAAGAUGCAGAAGGAGGAAAUGCCGAAAAUCCAGAGGGAGAAGAAGCUGAAGGAGGAGACAAUGACGCAGAAGAGGAGGAAGCCACAAAUGCCGAAAGCGCCGAAAAGUCAGAAGACGCAGAGGGUGGAGAAGAAGCGCCAGAGGAGCAGUAAAGAACCGGAUUUAUAACAAAACAUCGCAAAAAAACGCUGUGACCAGAAGUGAGGGAGCAACUCCAUCAGCAAACGAACAGAACUUUCAUAAUUACUGAUUUGUUUACACGUACACUUGAUUACGAGUUACCAGCAUGUCGUAAGAGGAUGAUAGCACAGGCAACAACAAAAUCUAGUAUUUAAACAUCAAAGGGUAUGUCAGCGAUGUCUUUAUUGUUUAUCUUGGUCUCAGUGAAAACAUCUGUAUUGUUUAGCUAAUGCUCCAUGAUAACAUCUGUAUUGUUUAGCUAAUGCUCCAUGAUAACAUCUGUAUUGUUUAGCUAAUGCUCCAUGAUAACAUCUGCAUUGUUUAACUACAUCUCAAUGCUAAAGUCUGUAUAGUUUAACUCGAUCUUAGUGGUGGAGAGCGUAGUCUGUUAUUGUAAUACAUCAAUGCCGCAAUUAGUGUCAAAGCAUCACUAAACUUUAAAAAAUGUGACAAGUAAACCUGGAUGCGGAUGAAAGAAAGUUUUUUUACAUAGGGUUGUAAGCAAAACAAAGUAAUCCGCAAAAGAAUGCCUUUUUUUUAAAUUGUGAUAUGCGUCAAAAAUCUACAACCGUACCGCUCUGGCUGUAAUCAUAGGGAGGGAAACAUAACUCCUCUAGAAAGGUGAGACAAUAUUCUCACUACUGUACCUGUGUAUCAGUUGUUCUGUUAUACUAAUACACUCCUAUUUCAGAGAUACUUGUAUAACUUAAGGUUAUACUAACAUAUUUAUUAACUAAAGGUACACUGUAUACACAUUCCUGGCUUAUAUAGUCAUACACUAUAUUGUUGAUCAACUCCUGUUAUGCAAUUUACAAAUGACUUCUGUAUACCACAUGGCGCAGGCCAGUGUCAGAGAGCUCAAGAGUCUUUGAUAUUAAAGUAUACAGAAAGUCCACAAA